AUGGGGAUUUCAACCUGUUUCGUUGGCAACUGUUUCAUCCGAGCAAUUUUUACCCUCCAUUUCCUCGCGUUUACUCAUCAGCAAUUCCAUAGCAAUGAACACAAGUGGAUUUGGAAAGAUGGCGAUGUAAUGCUAAAGGGAUUGUUCCCGAUAACGUCACAGAAAGGUGGAAAGUGUGAACAUUUAAAACCUGACGGAGUCACUUGGAUGAUGGCAAUGAUAUACGCGGUCGACAUGAUCAACAAUUCGACUUCGCUUUUGCCAAACAAAACUAUUGGGUACCAAAUUGAGGACACAUGCGAAAGUAUCCCUAGAUCGAUGAGUUAUGCCAUACAAAUCGUUUCGAAAUAUCGACCGAAUUCGAUUUGCAUAUCGCGCGACGAUUGUUGUCAAAACAGCAGCGUUUCCCGCGCAGGAGAUCGACGAAUUUCUGCAGUUAUCGGUCCUGCAGUUUCAUGGAUUUCGAUCCCAGUGGCAAGGUUACUGGGUUUGUACGGCAUUCCGCAAAUAAGCUACGCUUCAACGAGCCGUAUUCUCGGUGAUAAGACUCGUUACAACUCGUUUCUCCGAACUGUGCCUUCGGACGAAUUUCAAGCGCAAGCAAUCGCGAAAUUCGUCCAUUAUUUUGAGUGGAACUACGUGUUUUUAAUCGCGAGUGAUGACGACUACGGGAAGUUGGGGGCCGCCGCGUUUAAAACCGCGGCUAAAAAGUUGAAUGUUUGUAUUGCCAACGAUGAAUACAUCGCAUUUGGUUCACCUAAUUCCGACAGGCAAAUUGCGGACACAAUGAACAAGUUAAAAACUGCGGGGCGAGCGAAAGUUGUUAUUGUCUUUAGUUACUUCGAACAAGGAGAAAGACUGUUAAAACAGGCCGAAAAUAUGGAGGUUUCAGAUCGCACUUGGGUAGCGAGUGAUGGAUGGAGCUCCCUCAGUUCUGAGAUGGCCAAUUUGAACGUGAGCCAGUCUAUGCUACUGGGACUGUUUAGCUUCUCAAUUCGCUCAAAACAGGUGGAAGGAUUCGAAAGGUUUGUACGGGAAUAUUCAGUUCGAGACGCUGUGAACAAUUCGUGGUUUACCGAGUACUUGGAGGAAAGUUUGCAUUGCCAUACGACCCUCAGAUCAUACUCUGAUCCGUUGCAACCCACGACACCUAAAUGCAGUCUUAAUGCAGUGCUUCCCUCAGGCCACGAAAUCGGCAAAGAUUUCGUAGCUAAUGUUAUAGAUGCUGUUUUUGUUGUAGGUCAUGCAUUGCAUGAUAUUUUUACUUGCAACGAGUCGCAUUCGCCAGAACAGUGUUCAAACGCGAGCUCACCGAUUAUUACCCCCGAGAAAUUGUUCAAGUCCGCGUCAAGGGUUCAUUUCCAAGGAUUUGAUUUCAACAGAGUCAAAUUUAACCGAAAUGGCGAACGCACUGCCAGUGAGUACGUCAUAAGAAAUCUUCAAUUAAACAAAGACAAACGCCUGGAAUACGCUGAAGUUGGGUACUGGAGUAAAGAGAAUCAUGUUGUGAGUUUUAUGGUCAACGAAAGCUUGAUCAACUGGAAUUCAAAUAAGAAGCCGCUGUCCACCUGCUUCCGUGUGUGCCAACCAGGUGAACGAGUGGUUGGCCAAUCAGAAUGCUGCUGGAACUGUCAAAAAUGUCUCAAAGGCACUGUGAGCUCAAAGUCGGGUUCCACUAAUUGCUCGCCGUGUAAAGAAACCCAUUUCGCAAAUGAGGAAAGAACUCAAUGUGUUUUACGCCCAGUAGUCUACCUUAAAUCGUCCGACCCUGCCGGUAUUGCUUUAAUAACGCUUGGGGUCGUUGGCAUCGUUAUCUUGACCGCUGUGACAGUUAUUUUCUACCAAAAGCGUAAAACACCAGUUGUUAUGGACUCCGGUCUGUAUCUCCUGACUCUGUUCUUCGUUACUUUGUACCUGUCUUUUAUCUUGGCCAUUGUUCAAGUAACGAGUAAACCAACUAAUAGUUCUUGCACAGCUGUCAGUGUGUUACUGCUGUUAAUUUGUGUGUUCUACUCGGCUUUUUUCUUAGCCAAGUCGAAGACUUCGACGAAAUUACUUCAGUCAGCGGUCUCACGUGUUACUAGCAUGAGUACGAAUUAUCUACAGCUUCUUGAAGUGGGCGCAGUAGUCGGGAUUCAAGGAAUUUUGAUAAUCGCAUGGCAAGCAACAGCCUCAACAGUGGCUCGUUUUCGGAACCAAGAAGAUAACACGCGAUUACUUGAGUGUUACGAAAGUUUUCCAGCUUCUCAUAUUAUUACUUUCUGUUAUCCUGUAACUGUACUUGUGUUAGCAACUCUUUUAGCAUUCCGCGAGAGACGAUUAACCGAGAAUUUCAACGAGGCAAAAUCCCUGAGUUUCUCCACCAUAGCUCUUUGCAUCCUUCUCGUGGCGUUUAUUCUAACGUAUCGCUUUGUUGUGGGAAACAACCGCACCCUUGUGGUCGCUUUUACCUUGUUCGUGGCAGCGUUUGCCUGCAUGGGAUGUAUCUUUAUCCCAAAACUUUACAUCAUAUUUUUUAGACCAGAAAGAAACACUCAAACAGCCAAUCACAAAAUGGGCGAGCGAUACGUUUGUAAUGCGGGAACAUCUUCGAGCCAGACCACCUCGGACACUCGGUUGAGCCAGGACCUGGGUCAGGUUAAUCAUGGUGCCAGUGUAACUUUAACCAAUGGGAGAAAGACAUCCCAUGUGUCACAUGAUAACUUGGCGCCAGUCCACGAAAAGACAGAGGAACAGGAUACUGAUGUUUCUGCCCCUGAUGAGGAAAAAGAAAAAGAGAAGGCAAAAAAUGAAGAAGACGUGAUAAAUAGCAUAAGUGAAGUGCUGACUUAUACAGUUGUUUGA